UUUUUGCACUUCAUAUCGCCACAGCUCCUGCACUGAUACACAGAGCACUAAGUUGCUGAGUAACGUCCACUGGAUACAGCUUGGUGAAAUUUGAGAACGCUUCACUGGACAUUAAUGAAAUCUGGCCCAGAAUGUCUUCCAGGAUACAAGCACAAGGAUAUGGACAUGACUUCAUCAGUAGCGAUGACAUACUUGUAGUGCCGAACUUCCGGACAAAUGAAGAUUUGAAAAAUGCAAUAUGUAACAGAUUAAACAGCAAGAUAAUGACAAAAACUGUCACUGAACGUCAACCUUUGCCAAUUUCGAAGCAUCCAAGAUUAAUUGUGUUUCGACCAUCUGGUAGAGCAGGAGAUGAAUUUCAGGACAACGUUACGCCACAUCUGACAGAUCCAGAUCGCACGUACUAUUUGAUCAUUGCAUCGACUACAAACCCUAUGGAAAUGUUCAAUCUCAAACAAGUGUCUGUGCAGAGGUUUCAGAAACAGAAAACUGGACUUACCAUUACCAUAGGAAAACUAGAUGAAAAUGAGUUCAACUCAACAGCACUGCAGGGCUUGGCUCGGGCUAUAUGUGAGGAAUACAGCCAUUAUGUUGAGAUCCGCAAGCCAACGGAUUACUUGGACUCCAGACAAGACCGUUGUUGUUGUUGUUCAUGCUGUUGAUCGCUGAUGCAGCCCGUCACACGGACUGUCUGUUCCGCCCUCGUGCGGUUCUUGUUCCUUUUGGGCACUUUCAUAAUGAUCCUGUGUCCACGACUGAAGAAAUGUUGCUUGCAUCUGGUACAUUGUAUCAGAGACGUGUUGAUUUAUCCAUGGGACUUUUUUGUAUGGUACUGGCGCUGAAUGAAGAACCUUCAUAAGUUCGAUUAUCUAAUACAGUUGUAACUGUAAACCAGAUCAUAGCUAUUUUGAUUUAUCAUAAUAUUCUACUUAGUCUUUUCAACAUGAUUUGCCAUUAUUGUAAAUAUAACCUAUAUUUGAAUAUACUCCUUAACAA